GGAAAUUCGUAUUGGCACGCACACCGCCGCCAUGGCCGCCGCCUCGAACAACCACAAGACGAUGAAGCUAGUCGGGUACGAGAACUUUGUCCGGCACAACCCUAUGUCGGACCGCUUCCCCAUGCACAAGUUUCACCACGUUGAGUUCUACACGCAAGACGCAACGAACGUGUCCAAGCGUUUUGGGUGGGCUGCCGGCUUGAAACUUGUCGCCAAGUCGGACCAGAGCACGGGUAACCACGUGUACGCGAGCUACGUCAUGCAAUCGGGCGAACUACAAAUCGUCAUCACGGCGCCGUACUCGCGCCAGCAGCAAAAGGUGGACCAUGUCGCUCCCAACCAAGGGUUUGACAAUGCUUUCGCUCACGAAUUUUGUGCCAAGCACGGGUUGGCUGUCCGCGCCAUGGCCAUCACGGUCGAUGACGCCACCGUCGCGUACGAGACCUCUGUUAAGAACGGCGCCGUGGGCAUCACGUCCCCCAAGACGACGACUGAUGCUGCCACCGGUCAGGUACAAGUGCUGUCAGAAGUCAAGCUGUACGGCGAAGUCGUUUUGCGGUUCAUUUCGGGCAAUUACACUGGUCGCUUCAUGCCUGGCUACGAAAACGUGGAUGGACCGGAUGUCAGCAUCGGCAUCCAACGCUUGGACCACGCCGUCGGCAACGUACCCAACCUAAUGGAGGCUGUCAACGACAUCUGCGGGUUCACUGGCUGGCACGAAUUCGCCGAGUUCACGGCGGACGAUGUUGGCACGGUGGACUCGGGCCUGAACUCGAUGGUGCUCGCCAACAACAGCGAAAUGAUCUUGCUCCCGAUGAACGAGCCCACGUUCGGCACCAAGCGCAAGUCGCAGAUCCAGACGUUCUUGGAGCAAAAUGAAGGGCCCGGCCUCCAGCACAUGGCGCUCAAGACCAACGACAUCUUCCACACGAUGUCCGAGAUGCGCAAGCGCACGCACUUGGGUGGGUUCGACUUUAUGCCCAAGCCGUCGGCCGCGUACUACAAGAACCUGCCGACCAAGAUCGGCGACGUGUUCACGGCUGCCCAGUACGAGCAGAUCGAGCAGCUCGGUCUGUUGGUGGACAAGGACGACCAGGGUAUUUUGCUCCAAAUCUUCACCAAGCCGCUGGGCGACCGCCCCACGUGCUUUUUCGAGAUCAUCGAGCGCGUGGGGUGCAUGGAAGAAGUGGCCGGCCGCCUCGAACAAGCUGCGGGCUGCGGUGGCUUUGGCAAGGGCAACUUCUCGGAGCUGUUCAAGUCCAUUGAAGACUACGAACGCACGUUGGAUGUCUAAGUUGUCUUGCCAAGUCCAUUUUGAGUUACUAUAUCUCGUUUGAAUUGUACUUCGGCAACUAUGUUAAGUACAAGUUGUCCUCACGUCGAUACCCCA